AUGAAGCUACCGUAUACUCCGAUGAAGCUGCCGUGGAUGAAUGACGAAGAACCAGUAGCGGACUAUAACAAAGAGAAGAAUAUGGACUUGGAUCUCCGGUUGCCAUCUAACCAACUUUCGGUGAUGAAUGAUCGGAAAAUUGAUUUCGGGACAGAAAACACUUGGAAUGAUUUAUUCUUCUCUAGCUGGUACUACCACAAGCUUGUGAAGUUUAACAUGUUCAAUUAUAUUAUAUGGUUUAUGCAAGGUAGACGCUCUUUGAAAGGAGAGCUACAACCUUACAUAGACGACAUUGAAAGUUUGUUGAGGAAUAAGAAUCAAGGUGAAAGUAACGAAGAAUCCUCAACCGAAGACAAGAAGAUGGCAGCAAUAGUUCCAGCUGAAACGAUGGGUGAUCUUGACAUCCCCACUAUUCCAGAAUCCCCAUCUUGCAUCGUACUUCCGACGGCAGCUAGGAACUACGAGCUUAAGACUAUACACUUUAACAUGAUGCCUUCUUUUCAUGGUCUAAGUUCGGAGGAUCCACUUAGUCAUAUUCGUGAAAUUUUUAAUAUGGUUUCUAGCAUGUCUUUGUCUACGGGAGUUACUAAGGAGCACUUGAGGUUGAAGAUCUUCCCCUACUCUAUGAAGGACAAAGCAAGAACAUGGCUCAACAGUUUGAGACCGGGUUCACUGACGACAUGGACUGAGUGUCCCCAUCAUGCUUUGCCUUCAUUAGUGUUGAUGCGCAUAUUUUAUAAAGCACUGACAGUUCCUAGUAAGGCUGCAGUGAAUAAUUAUGCAGGGGGAUCUAUCAGGAAUAAGACUCCAACAGAAUGUCAAACUUUGUUUGAUAAUCUAGCAGUUGAGACCCAACAUUCAGAGACGCGAGGUAAGCGAGCUGGUGUUUAUGAACUUAAUAAUUCUGACACUUUUGCACCAAGAUCGCAGGUUGACGCCAUUGCUAGUAAGUUGGACAUGCUUCUAGCAAUGAAUGGGCAUACAAUUCAACAAGAGAUAUGUGCCAUAUGUCAUGUUCCUGGCCAUGCCACCAUUACAUGCCCUCAAGGAGUGGAUUUUCCGGAGUUUGUACAAGAACAGGCAAGCAUGAUGAACUCUUAUAACCGGAAUCCAAGGUUUGACCCAUACUCCAACUCUUAUAACCCAGGUUUUCGAGCACAUCCAAAUUUUUCAUGGAAGAAUACCCAGAACCAAGCCAAUCCACCAACCACCACAUUGGAGGACAUGGUGCGGCAAUUGGCUAUUAGUCAACAAAAGUUGGAGGCUCAAGUUGGUCAAAUCGCUGAGGCAUUAAGCCAAAGGGAAGCUGGAAAAUUUCCUAGUCAAACUGUUGUCAAUCCGAAGAACAAUGAACAAGCCAAGGCCAUUCAUCUUCGACGUGGUAAGGUUAUUAAUAAUGGUGUUGAUGACAUUAAUGACGUUGUGGAUGUAGGUGAAAAAGAACAAGAAGAUGUUCAACAAGAUGUUGAAAAAUCUGAGCCUACUCCACCUGCCACCCAUUCUAAGGAAGGCAAUACGAGUGUUCUCCAUAAGGAAGUCAAUCCUUACAUGCCACCUAUUCCAUUCCCGGGUCGUCUUAAGCAAAACAAGCAGGAUAAGUAUUUCAAAGAAAUUUAUGAUGUGUUGAGUAAAGUUCAAAUUAACUUGCCCUUGCUUGAUGUGAUAGAACAGAUUCCGACAUAUGGGAAAUUCUUGAAGAGUUUGAAGACUCAUAAGCUAAAGUUUGCACCUAACGAAGGAGUCAAGUUGAAUAAGAACGUGAGUGCAAUUCUUCAAAGGGACCUUCCACCUAAGUUAUCUGAUCCAGGUAGCUUUGAUAUACCCAUCACCAUUGGCAGCAAGCGACAUGGACAUGCGAUGCUAGAUCUUGGAGCAAGCAUCAACUUAAUGCCAUUCUCGGUUUACAAGGAACUUGGAAUCCAAGGAAUGAAGAAGACUACAGUUCGUCUUGAGCUUGCCGAUCGUUCUGUGAGGUAUCCUAAAGGUAUUGUAGAAGAUAUUUUGGUUCAAGUAGAUAAACUCAUUCUUCCUGCAGAUUUCAUAAUUUUAGAUACGGAAGAAAGUGGGAUGAAUGGACAUGAUGCACCUAUACUUCUUGGUCGGCCAUUCAUGGCAACUGCAGACACAUGCAUCCGAGUGAAGGACGGUACCUUGACAAUGACCGUUUUGGGAGAAACUGUGGAACUUAAAGUGUUUGAAGCUCUCUCUUUUCCUUCUACUUCACUUGAUACGUGUUUCUCUAUUGAUCUAAUAGAUACGUUGAUUACAUCUACCUUUGUGCAUAAUGAAAUUACGGAUCUUGAACAGGUUUUGAUAGGAUCACCUAGUGAAGAAGAAGCAAUUGAAAGUGUUGGAGCGGUCUUAGAGCACACCAAACCAUAUCAACCAAGGUACACGCCUCCAAUUGAGCCAUUGGUGAUGAAUAAGACAAAGCUCGAACCAUCUAUCAUCUCUCCACCAAAGUUGGAAUUAAAACCAUUGCCACAACAUCUCAAGUAUGCAUACAUAGGUAAAGAUGAGACUCUUCCGGUAAUUAUUGCUACGGAUUUGACUAAGGAAGAGGAGAAGAGUCUCAUUCAAGUGCUUAAACAUCAUCAAACGGCUUUGGGAUGGACUAUUGCUGAUAUCAAAGGCCUUAGCCCCACCUUAAGACUCAAUCCAAACAUGAAGGAAGUGGUGAGAGCUGAAGUCCUCAAAUUGCUCGAUGUGGGGGUGAUCUAUCCAAUUUCGGAUAGCAAGUGGGUAAGUCCAGUUCAAGUAGUGCCAAAGAAAUCCGGUAUCACGGUGGUAAAGAACAAGGAUGAUGAACUCAUUCCUACAAGGAUGACUACCGGAUGGAGAGUGUGCAUUGACUAUCGGAAGUUGAAUACCGCCACUAGAAAGGAUCACUUUCCUCUCCCUUUCAUUGAUCAAAUGCUUGAACGCUUAUCGGGUCAUUCUCACUAUUGUUUUCUUGAUGGGUUUUCAGGUUAUAAUCAAAUUCCGAUUGCACCUGAGGAUCAAGAAAAGACCACCUUCACAUGCCCAUUCGGUACAUUCGCUUAUAGAAGGAUGCCCUUCGGAUUGUGCAAUGCCCCCGCUACUUUCCAACGUUGCAUGAUGGCAAUUUUUUCCGACAUGGUGGAGCGAAUAAUUGAGGUAUUCAUGGAUGAUUUUUCAGUUUUUGGAUCUUCUUUUGAUGCAUGCCUUGAAAAUUUAGCUCUAGUUUUGAAACGAUGUCAAGCGACGAAUUUAAUUUUGAAUUGGGAAAAAUGUCAUUUCAUGGUUAGGAGGGGUAUCGUGCUAGGACAUGUAGUGUCUCACGAGGGGAUUGAGGUAGACAAAGCAAAAAUUGACUUGAUAAAAAAUUUACCUUCCCCUACUUCUGUUAAAGGUGUUAGAAGUUUUUUAGGACAUGCGGGUUUUUAUAGACGUUUCAUCAAAGAUUUUUCUAAGAUCACCAAACCUCUUUGCGAUUUAUUGGCUAAAGAUGCAGUUUUUGAUUUUGACAAAGAGUGCUUGGCAGCUUUUAAUGUGUUGAAACAUGCAUUGACCUCGUCUCCUAUUAUUUCUACUCCCAAUUGGUCGUUACCAUUUGAGCUUAUGUGUGAUGCAUCUGAUUAUGCGGUUGGUGCGGUUCUUGGUCAAAAGGAUGGUAAGGCGUCCCAUGUUAUUUAUUAUGCUAGUCGUACUUUGAAUGACGCACAACUGAAUUACUCCACCACAGAAAAAGAGUUGUUGGCAGUGGUAUUUGCUUUGGAAAAAUUUCGUGCUUAUCUAGUUGGUUCCAAAGUAAUUGUUUAUACUGACCAUGCGGCUUUAAAGUAUUUGUUGAAUAAGAAAGAUGCCAAGCCUAGGUUGAUUCGGUGGAUCCUCUUACUUCAAGAGUUCGACUUGGAGAUCAAAGAUAAAAAGGGUAGUGAGAAUGUGGUGGCCGAUCACCUAUCACGCAUUGUGGAAGAAGGAUUUUGUCAAGAGAAUCAGGUGCCGAUCAAUGAGACUUUUCCGGAUGAACAACUCUUGAUUGUCCAUUCAAAGGAGCCAUGGUAUGCUGAUUUUGUUAAUUAUCUUGCUUGUGGCGUACUUCAAGAAGGACUAACUUUUCAGGAAAAGAAGAGAUUUUUGGCAUCGGUCAAGCACUAUUAUUGGGAGGAUCCUUAUUUGUUCAAGCAUGGACCCGACCAAAUCAUUCGCCGGUGCGUUCCUGAAGAAGAACAAGAGAACAUUCUACGACAUGCACAUGAUCUUGCUUGUGGUGGACACUUUGGAGCUAAGAAAACAGCUUUAAAAGUGCUCCAAUCAGGUUUUUUCUGGCCUACGCUUUUUAAAGAUGCAUUCCACUUUUGUGCUAGAUGUAAUAGUUGUCAAAGGUCGGGAAAUAUUGGUAGAAGGAAUGAAAUGCCUUUGAAUAGCAUUCUUGUGGUUGAGAUGUUUGAUGUGUGGGGUAUUGAUUUUAUGGGCCCGUUUCCCCCUUCUUAUGGCUACACUUAUAUCCUUGUAGCAGUGGAUUACGUCUCUAAAUGGGUUGAAGCCCUAGCUACUAGGACCAAUGACCAUAGGGUUGUUCUUACAUUCCUUAAGGAUAUGAUUUUUACUAGAUUUGGAACCCCUAGGGCCAUUAUUAGUGAUGGUGGUAGUCAUUUUUGCAAUAAGCCUUUUGAAGCCUUGUUAAAAAAAUACAACAUCACUCACAAAAUAGCCACCCCAUACCAUCCUCAAACAUCGGGUCAAGUGGAAGUUAGCAAUAGGGAGAUCAAACGAAUUUUGGAGAAAACUGUCAACUCCACUAGGAAAGAUUGGGCUAUUAAGCUUAAUGAUGCUUUGUGGGCAUAUCGGACAGCUUUUAAAACACCGAUUGGUAUGAGUCCUUAUCGUCUUGUGUUUGGAAAAGCAUGUCACUUGCCUAUGGAACUCGAGCACCGGGCGUAUUGGGCUAUAAAGAAAUUAAAUUUUGAUAUACAAGCUGCAGGUGCAGAAAGAAAGUUACAACUCAACGAGUUAGAGGAGCUCCGUCUUGAAGCUUAUGAAAAUGCAAAGCUCUACAAGGAACGCACUAAGGCAGCACAUGACAAAUUGAUUCAGCCAAAAGAACUUACCGAAGGUAUGCGUGUUUUAUUAUAUAAUUCUCGAUUUCGUUUGUUUCCGGGUAAAUUAAAUUCUAGAUGGACGGGACCAUUUGAGGUCAUGAAAGUUUUUCCUUAUGGUGCGGUGGAAAUUCGGAAUCCGAGAGAUGGUAGCACGUUCAAGGUGAAUGGGCAACGAGUGAAGCCAUUUUUAACUGACUCUCUCACAGAUGUUGACAUUGGUGUCGUAGUUGAUCAAGUCCCAAAUCUAACACCAUAGUCAAAGAAGUUUCGUCUUGCCAAGACAUUAAAUAAGGCGCUUGGUGGGAGGCAACCCACCCGGUAAAUUCGUUCCUUUUAUUGUAUAUUAUUUUAAUUCAUCCCACACUGAAUUGAAUUGCUAUUUGUGCAUCAAAUGCAAAAAGAAAAAGUUGUGCCAAAGUGCUGGAUUGAAACAAUUUUCUGGAGCAACUCAGGACGAACCAGAAUGUUUGCCAUAUAUGUGCAGAAAGAUACGGAUGUCUAGUUUCUGCAUAAGUUUACGGUUCGUGAAUCCGAGCUCAGAUGAAGGAGAAAUUGAUGAUUUUACAACAGCUGUGCAGUGCAGAAUUCUACGCAGUAAUUACUUCCCGAAUGUUUUCGCAGUCAGGUUGUAUCGCUCUAACUCAGUACUUUGUCUUCGCGUUAUUUUUCACAUUAUUCCAUGCACUGAGGACAUUGCAUAAUUCAAGUGUGGGGGUGAGAAUAGCUUGUUUUGAAGAAAAAAAAAAAUUAGUUCCUUCCAAUGCGAUGAUGAGACAUAAAUUGUUUAGGUCUAAAAUUAGUUUGUUAGUAAAUAGAAUUUUCAUGAGAAUUGAGCUUGAAUUACAAUUUUCAUGGGCCGAUGUUAACAUGAUAUGUUGAUUGAGAAAGAAGCAUAUUUGGACUUGAUGUAGACUUGCAUAAUUACCCUUGUGAGUUUUGUGCCUAUAUGAUUGAUACAUUAUGCAUAUCAAUCCAAUUUCUUUCUUGUGUGCUCUCAUGAUUACAUGUUUCUCUAGAACUUGCUUUAAACCUUUUUGAGACUAUAUUGAUACAUGUGAUAACAUGAAUAUGAUUGAGGCAUUAGGAUGAUACCAUUAUAGCCAAAUUGCCUAUAUCCUAGUGUAUUUA